AUGCUCCUCCUCUUCAGCGUCUCUCUCUUGUUUCUCGUCACUGCUACCGUCUUAUUCUUCACGCGAGGCUACUGGCUGCACUACCUUCCCGAUAUUAACAUAAACCUGCCCUCCGCCGACUACCUCUACUCGCGACUGCCCUCGACUUUUGCUGGUGACAUCGAGGCCGGGCUCUCGAGCAGCACCUUCGAUCUCAGCAGCAACGUAGAGGCAGGCGAUAGUCGCGCAGGCCUGGAUGAUGCUAGCAAGGCGGAGAUUCUCAAGAUUAUGAAGACGCGUCGGAUGAACUUUGACAAGGCCAGAAAGGUAUACAUGGAAGGCCGGUUCAAGGCUAACGGCAUUGGUCCCGACGGCCGGCCGAGAGACCCAAAGUUUGUUAGCUUCUCUUGA